UUACAUUAUGCUAUUGGGUUCCUCCCUCUCAGGGUCAAGUCUGUGGCCUGUGUGGAAACUACGACGGCAACAGUAAGAAUGACUACACUACACGCUCCCAGGAGACAGUGGCAGAUGUUCUAGAAUUUGGUAACAGUUGGAAGGUUUCAUCCGACUGCCCAAGUGCCCAACUACUCACUGAUCCCUGUGCCUCUAACCGCUACCGGGCAGCCUGGUCCCAGAAACAGUGUAGCAUCAUCACCAGUGCCACCUUCCAGAGCUGUCAUUCAAAGGUUGACCCUGGUCCAUACUUUGACUCUUGUGUGAGAGACUCUUGUGCUUGUGACACCGGCGGGGACUGUGAAUGUCUUUGUACUGCUGUUGCUGCUUAUGCCAAAGCUUGUAAUGAAGCUGGGGCCUGCAUAAAAUGGAGAACUCCCAAGCUGUGCCCUAUUUUCUGCGAUUUUUAUAACUCCCCUGGUGACUGUGAGUGGCACUACAAGCCUUGUGGAGCUGACUGCAUGAAGACCUGUAGGAAUCCCUCAGGAAACUGUUCCAGCCUCAUUACUGCUCUGGAAGGCUGCUAUCCACAGUGUCCCCCAACCCAGCCCUUCUUUGAUGAAGACACCAUGAAGUGUGCUGCCUGGGACCAAUGUGGCUGCUAUGAUGACAUAAACAUACACUACAGCAUUGGAGAGAAGGUUCCAUCAAACAACUGUUACACUUGCUCCUGUACAGUCUCUGGAAUAAGAUGCAGCUACAAUGUAAACUCUUGCACAUGUUUCAUUAAUGGAAAAACCUACAAAUAUGGGGAAACCAUAUACAACACCACAGACGGGCUAGGAAACUGCAUCACAGCUGAGUGCGGGGCCAAUGGGAACGUAACCAGAAGUAUGUACCCGUGCCUAACUACUACCACAGCAAGUCCUACAACUACCCCUUUUGCAUUCAGCACAGUUGGAAAGACAACUUCAGUUGUAACUACAUUACUGUCAAAAAACACAUUGGGAACCACAUCCAAAUCUAAAGAAACCACAACCACGACAAGGCAAUAUCUACAGAAGCCACAACCAAAUCUGUAG